AAUAAAAAAAAACCUAAUGUCAGUAGACAUCAAAAUAGUGCAAUUUGUAGGUUAUUUCUAAACUUAUUUGUUUUAUGAAUUAAAACUUAUAAAGUAACCUGCUUCAUCAAUACGUAUUUAUUGCUUGUGUACCAAGCAUAUGUAUCACAUUAAAAGUGCCAUUCAAGAAGUCGGCGGCAUGAUGCUGACCACUGCAAGAAUAACCAAACAUUUACGAAGAUCGAGUUGUAUAAUCAGUUCAAGAACCUUUAGCAGUCCGUCUGGUACAAUUCAAAAUGACCAAGGAGCUGUUCCGGAUGCCUCCCCUGCAAAAGUCAAUCCAUCAGGCUUUGCGAAGGCUUUUGAAAAGCACUCACAAAUUGCAGAACCUCAGGAUAAUGAACAGAACUAUACAUUCGCUUCACUAUUAAGGAAUUCCAAGCUUAUGGAUCUUGGAGAUCCCACCAACAAGGUCGUCAUUGGUAAAAUAUUCCAUGUUGUUGAAGAUGACCUGUACAUUGAUUUUGGUUGGAAGUUCCACUGUGUAUGCACCAGGCCUACCGUCCGAAGUGAUGAGUAUGUAAGGGGGGCGCGAGUAAGGAUCCAAAUCAAAGAUCUAGAGCUGUCCUCCAGGUUCCUCGGCUCCAGCACUGACCUCACACUCUUAGAGGCUGACUGCAAACUCCUUGGUAUUGUGUCAACACCAGUAAGAGCUAACACAGUGAGUGAGAAGUAAUAAAGUAAGAGAUUUUUAGGUAUAGUUGUAUGAGUAAUAAAUUAUGUCGUUACAAAACUUGUUAUAGUUUACUCUCAUUCUGCUUAAGAACACCUUUAUAACAGGACAAUAUAGCUAAAAACAAUCAAUACUAUUAUAAAAAAUAUUAAAGUG